CUUCAUUGUGAUUUCAUUUUAUAGGGGGUUUUCAUAAUGGUGAUCACGUUUAACGUGAGUGUCACAAAGGUGGAAAACUUUGUCAUCCUCGGAUUCCCUGGACUUUCUCCACAGUAUCAUGGACUUGUGUCAGCUGUCCUAUUUUUCAUCUACCUCACCAUUGUAGUGGGAAAUAUUUCAAUUUUAGCAAUUGUGAUUACUGAAGAGUCACUCCAGAAACCCACAUAUCUCAUCUUUUGUCAUCUGGCACUGAAUGACUUAACAUUUGGCACUGUUACACUCCCUAAGAUCAUAUCAAAAUAUUGGUUUGGAGAUAGCUUUAUUUCAUUUUCUGGAUGUUUUACACAAAUGUUCUUAAUUCAUUAUUUGGGAGCAGUGAUAUCUUUUGUGCUAUCAGUAAUGGCUUUUGAUAGAUUUGUUGCAAUAUGUUUCCCACUUCGUUACCGUGUGCUGAUCACAAACAACAUCAUAUCUGUGCUCUGUGGAUUGGCUUGGUUAAUACCUGUGACUUUUCUGUUGGCAGUUUUAUUACAAACCCUUAAUUUACCUUUCUGCAGAUCCAAUGUCAUUGAACAGUGCUUUUGUGACCACAUAUCUAUAACAAGCCAAGCAUGUGGAAAUGAUGUUAAAAAUGUUCAAGUCACUACUCUUUGUCUGGCCAUGUUCUCUCUGUUAGUGCCUCUUGCAUUUAUUUUAUUUUCCUAUAUUUUUGUUAUUGUGGUCAUUAUGAAACAGUCCAAUGCUGCAGGUCGCAAAAGAGCCUUUUCAACUUGCUCUUCUCAAAUAUUCAUAACAUGUCUUUUCUAUCUGCCCAGAUGUUUUGUUUAUGUGGCUAACACAGUUGGCUUUUCAUUCAGUUCAGAUCUUCGCAUUUUUUUAAUUAUUUUGUACAGUCUACUUCCUGCUGCAACUAAUCCAAUCAUAUACUGUUUCAAGACUCAGGACAUCAAGAAAACUUUAGUCAGGAAACUAAAAACUGCUAAAGUUGGAAUAAAGUUGGAACUAUGGACCUUGUAA